AAAUUUCUUUCACUUUGUUGGCCUAAAUGGCAGCAAGUAACACUUAAAAGGACAAUUCUUUCAAGCUUUUCUUCAAACGAGUAGCGAACUCUUGAAAAUAAAUGCCGACUAGAAAUAAAGCAGCAAAAAACAGCAUUCUUGAUGGCUCCGUUCCUCAGCAGAAAGAUUGCUAUGAUGGGGAACGUCUUGUUCAUAUGCUUAAAUCAAUCCGAAGAGGGAUAGAGUCCGCAAGAAUAUUGGGUGGAAACUCCUUGCCUGAAAAAAUAUGGCUUAAGCAACAAUUUUCCGUUGGUGUUAAUGAUGUGACACGUGUACUUGAACGGAUGGCGCCCAGUGCUGAAAAGGGAAGCUCUGCCCAAUCUCCUUGUGUUAGGCUUCAGGCUAUUUUGUUAGCCGCUGAUUGCAAUCCAAAGUGGCUAACGAAGCACCUGCCAACUUUGGCUUCGUCAAGGAAGGUACCAUUGAUCACCGUUAAAGAUGAUGGGAAGGGGUCCUUAAGAUUGGGUGAGCUUGUCAGGCUGAAAACAGCCAUUGCAAUUGGAGUAAAGGCUCGAGAAAAUGCUAUCAAUCAAAUAAUGGAGGAAAUUCUUGAUGGUGAUGAAGUGAAUCAAGGAGCAUCGUGAAGUCCGAUGAGGGAUGCCUUGGUGACCAUGCUCAAUGACCUGCCAGUUGCUUGCGGUCGCAAUUGAAGGGAACCAUUGACUGAACUUGACCCCUAUGGUGAGCGGUUGUUUCUCAAGUUGAGAUGUUAGAGGCCAGGCAUGCCCCCUAUGGUGACGGGUUGUAAAUGAAGACACACAUUCUAGAGUUGUAACAGAUGUAUCUGGUAUAAACUUUAACUACACAGAAAUGCAUACUAUUUUUUCUAUCUGCCCACUAUAAUCACCUAAAAAGAAUGGUAGAUGAGUGAUAUUUGCCCAAAAGGAAUGCAAAACUUUCAUUGAUCUCCGAAUGUAAGUUACUAAGCCUGUAGCAAAAAUGUUACAAUCUAUUUGGUGUGGUUUUCUAUGGUA